AUGUCAAAAGCAACAGCCGACCUGGGGCCGGGGCCGGUGCCGGGGCUGGAAUCGAAAGGCAGUUUGGAGACCACAGUCGUCGCCGACAAAGACAGCAACACGGACUCAGUCCCUUCGCAGGAUGAGCGGCUUGUUGACGUUCCCAAAAGCAAAGCACGCCGCGUGCUGCGGACCAUCCAACGGUACACCUGGGAUGAUCCCGACCGGCCCAAGCACGAGAAAUGGUUCAUUUUCAAACUCGACGUCUUCCUGCUGAGUAUUGCCUGCCUUGGGUACUUCAGCAAAAACCUGGACCAAUCCAACAUCAACAACGCAUACGUCUCGGGUAUGAAAGAGUCACUGCACAUGGAAGGCAACGAGCUCACCUACGCCGGCAACGUCUUCACCGCGGGAUACGUGGUGAGCCAACUCCCGGCGGUGAUUCUGGCGUCAAAGGUGCGCCCGUCCUACUUCAUCCCGGUCAUGGAGAUCCUGUGGUCCGUCUUCACCUUUUGCUCGUCCGCGGUCAAGACACCGUCGCAGCUGUACGCCAUGCGCUUCCUCAUCGCCUUGUGCGAGGGCACAUACUUUCCCACCAUGGUGUACAUCAUCGGCUCGUGGUACACGAAGCGCGAGCGCGGUAAGCGCAUGACCAUCUUCUACUCCACCGCGAGCCUCGCGGGCAUGUUCAGCGGGUACCUCCAGGCAGGGGCGUACAAAGGCCUCGACGGCCGCCUGGGUCACCAAGGGUGGCAGUGGCUGUACAUCAUUUGCGGCAUCAUCAGCCUGCCCAUCGGCGUGAUGGCCUUCUUCUUCAUCCCGGACUUCCCCGAGACCACGAGGGCCUUUUACAUCACCAAGGACGAGGCCGCGUGGGCGCGCGAGAGACUGGUCGCCGACGGCAUGAAGCCGCUCGGUGCAGCCGCGUGGAACCGCACAAAGAUCUUCAAGAUCAUGGCCCAGUGGCAGUUCUGGGUGCUGCCGGUCGGCUACUUUCUUGUGCAGGCGAGUUUUCCCAUCUACCAACCCGUCUACGCACUGUGGCUGAAGGCGACACACCACACCAUCUACCAGAUCAACGUGUGGCCGACGGGUCAGUAUGCCGUGGCGGUCGUGGUGCAGAUCGCCGCCGGCAUCAUCACAGAUUCUCCCCUCUUGCGUGGUAAACGGUGGCAGGCCAUCAUCGCGAUGCAGACGCCUACCGUGUUUGCAUGCAUCGUGCUCGCCGUGUGGGAUGUGUCUGAGGGUUUGAGGUUUGCGGCGUACUACUUGAGUUAUUCAGCCGCCGGGGUGCCUGGCAUAUAUUACGCUUGGUACUCGGAUCUGAUCCCGCACGACCACGAAAUGCGAGGUUUUUUGAUCGCCUGCUCGAAUAUGUUUAGUUAUAUUCAAUCGAUCUGGUGGACCGACACCGUCUGGAGGACAACACUCGGUCCACGGUUCCAUGCGGCUUUCAUUGGUGCAGCUUCUAUUGGCGUUGCGCUUAUGGUGCUGUCGAUCUUGCUGAGAAUUCUGGAGAAACGCGAUGGAAAAAUUCGUGAGAAGCGUGCCUUGGCUGAAGUCGGCGUUGUCGAAGGACAAAUAAGUGCAUGA